UCUCGAUUGGGUCCUUUGGCGUGCGUCGUGCGGCCUUAUACCCCUUGUAGGCGUCGUGCACAUCAAGAAAUUUGAAGAGCCGUCGACCACGCUCAUCGCUCGCCUCCCCGCCCACGCUGCAGAGCGCCCCCGCGCGUCCGUCGCCCCCCUGGCCUCUUGCCCGUGUGCCCGCGCGCCCCGCUCGGUCGUCACCGUCAUCACCGUUGCCAUCGUCGUCGUCGCUACGGGGCUAAGGCGCACCGGCGCCCCGCGGCAGUAAACACACACACGUCCAACACACACACGCGCGCACCCAAGCCCCUCAUACACACACACACGGCCAAGUCCUCCUGCCCGGCAUGGUGUCCCCCUCGUCCUCCAACAACCUUACGCCCCUAUCUCUCUCCUUCUCAUCCUCCAUUCACACUCGGCAGCCGACGAGAAAGAAUCCCACACCCGGCACCUCGACACUGGCUCAUCCUUACUUUCACCAGAGCAAGGAAAAGGUCCCCGUCCUUCGUCGGAAAAAGACGUUUGCGACCGCCGCAAACGCCAUGACAAGCCCGGGCUCAUCGGCCGCAACUCGCCCACUCAUCAUUCAACACUCUCGGUCUCGACAGCGGCUUCGUGCUGUAGCGCGUGCCCAGGCGCCAUCCCCUGAGCUACCUCCCAGGUCACUCGACGCGUCAACAUCACUCGAAUACUCUGUUGCUUCAAUCACUGUCAACAACUCGUCCAACAUGGACACAACUCCAAACGGCGACAGCAACGACGCCAACCAAAACCCCAACACUAGCGCUAUCCUCGACCCUUCAUUUAUCAGACAAGCUAUCGCGCCAAUGCUCGACACCGUGUCGUACUGCUCCGACCAUGAGGAGAGCGAGUUCGUGUCAUACAACCAGUUUGCCAACGGCGUCCAAGCAGCGCCGGUUUACGACGUCGAGGAGGUGCCGACCGCCGACACGAGCGCCGUGUAUCCCACCUCAUCACCCAGCUCGUCGCCGACGCCCAACCGGGCCGGUGCUGCCGCACAACUCUUCUCAACCGCACCCGGGUUGGACGACAUUGUCGCCCUCUCCGACGACCAGGUGCGCGGUCGCUUCAGCUUCGACACCGAAGUGGGCAACGGCAACUGGGGCCAGGUGUACAUGACCUCGCUCAAGCCGUACGAUGAGAGUGACUUGGAGCCAACGGACCCAGUCUUCCGCCUUGGUACCACGUCCGCGGGUGGCAUUGGCAAGUUUGGCGUUGGUGUUGUCGCCGUCAAGGUUGUGCACAAGGACAGGGAUGCUGUCACGAUGCAGCGCAUCCGCUCCCUUUGGCUCGAGAUGAAGAUUACCAGGAGCUUACGGCACGAGCCACACCCGAGCAUUAUCCGCUUUGAGGCAUUUGUUGUUAGCAGAAGCUGGGCGUUCCUUGUCAUGCCGUACCACUCGCACAUCAUCCCCGUGCAGAUGGAUCAUGAACGUGCACGUCCAUACUUCCGCCAACUGUGCAGCGCCGUCGGGUACCUCCACGAGCGCGGCAUCACCCACAACGACAUCAAGCCGGCAAACAUCCUCAUCAGCCACCACGACAUUCCGGUGAUCGUCGACUUCGGCUUCGCGCAGCAGCACAAGCCCAGCAGCCGCGGCGCAUUCCUCAGCACCAUCAGCUGGGGAACUCCGGAGUACCUCGACCCUCAGCGUGCUCGUGGUCAGCCCCACGAUGAGCGUCAGUCUGACAUCUGGGCACUUGGCGUUACCAUGUUCGAAGUCCUCGUGGGCCGCACACCAUUUGAAGAGGAUGAGGAGGAGAGCUUCGAGACCAAGGAGGAGCUCUUGGUGUACUGGGAGCGCACCCGCGCUGGCACCUGGAUGGGUGAUUGGUCUAUUCCCAAAGACCUUGAGCACUUGUUACGCUACAUGAUUUGCCCCGACCCCAGCUACCGCAUCUCCGCUCAGCAGGCGUACUACCACCAGUCGCUUACUCCCGUCGCCGAGUCCACGGUUUCCACCCCCAGCUUUGUUCGUCUGGCUGCCGGUGCCUCCAAGGAGACUCCGCCGUCCACGCGGCUCGUCGCCGUCAAGAAGGACAAGGAGCGCAAGCUCAAGAAGGUCAAGAGCGACGUCGGUGCCCGCCGCAAGACGAAACCCGCCACCGCCCAAGACAGCCCAGCGCUUGGUGAGUCGGUCAGGCAACAGGCGAGCGAGAGCCAGCUUCGCUCCGCCAAGGCGGUCACCGACCUUGCCGGCCUUGCUGGCAUCCAGCCUGUGCCCGAGGUGCCGGAUAAGUACCUCAAGAAGCGUGACAGCUCCGUGCUUGGUCCUCGCCAGAGGGAGGGGACGCCUGACAGAGGGUCUCCUACCAAGAUUAUCCGUUCAGCCAAGCCUCCUCGUGUCACCGAUGCCGGUGAGUCCCAAGCUGGUAGACAACAUGCUGAUUCGUCCACAGAAGACUCUUCACUGGCACUCAGCCCGGUCAAGGACCGCCGCCCCAGCAGCCUCGUCCGUCCCUCCUCGGUCACGGCCCUCAAGCACAACAAGCCUCUGGAAAUUCGCCGCUCAGAGCCUCUGCUCGCCCGUACCAGCACUCUUCGUGAAACCUUGCGCGACGAGUCACCAACGUCGGUCACGAAGGCAGAGGCCUUGGCCCAGACCAUGCGCUCCCUCGAGGGACUCACAGCCGUCAAGCCGAGAGAGGAGAAGACUCGCCGUCCGCCGACACCUACUGGCAUGGCACACAACAAAAUGCCACGCACUGUUAGCCUCGACCGUGGUCUUAACAAGGAGGCCAAAGUCGAGUACCGCCGCAGCGAGGCCGUUGUCAAGCUGGACGAUGUCACCGAGAUUGACGAGCGUAAUGUCACAUUCAGAUCGCCCAGAUGUGAGGACGACACCGAGGAGCAUUUGUUAACGAGGUCAGCGGCCAACCAGCGUGCCGCCCGCACCAUUGCCACGUUCACUGCCGCCAACGAGGUGCAGACGCCAACGCGCCCAACCCACACUUCCAAGGCACCAAUGCUCGAGAUUGCCAUUGAUACCGAGCCGGCGUUCACCAGCAGUAGUGGAGUGACGCAGAGCAAGCGUGUUGUGAGCGCCGACAUGAGUCUCGAGCUCCAGCGCAAGAUUAACAGGGACGGUAUGCCGUCGCCAGGACCCGGACAGGAAGGCAAGAACACAACUCCGCGCAAAGCCAAGCAGUCGACUGCGCCAAGCACCGUUGGAGUGAUGCGCAGUGGUGACACCGAGCACCUGGAGAACCUUGACCGCCUUGCGAGCUGGGUCAAGAACAUGGAUCGCUUCGUCGAGGAAGCACGCAAGGCAUACACCGAGGGCCGACCGGCCCCAGUCCCACAGUUCACGCUACCCGAGGAACUCGAGACCUUGGCACAGCGCCUGCGCUCAGCCAGCCCAACCCCCACCCGUCCGACAACCCCUCGCCCAUCACAUGCCAACAGGCAGUACUCCACCGUCCCGAUUAGAGACUCGGCACGCAGGUCCGUGUCUCCCAGCAAGGGCACAUACGGACGCUCGGCUUCGCCGAACAAGGGCACCUACGGCAGAGCCACCGACAAGGGCACGUAUGGCAGAAUUGCCGACAAGGGCACGUAUGGCAGAGGCACCGAGUCGUCGCGCCUCAAGCAGCGCCCCGCGGUCUCGCAGGUGUUUAGAAUCUUCCAGAGCGACAAGGACAAGCCGCUCAUCAACAAGCGCUCGUCGCAUGCUCUUCGCACGGCGCCAUCGACGCCAGCACUGCGCUCGGCGGCAGCGAGGCGCGUCCCCACGCGCAAGUCCGAGUCCAACCUUCGUCUCUUCAGCACAGUGGCAGCGUCCACUACUCCUAAGGUCGAGGUGGAAGAGGCCGAAGAGUCGAUGGUUCAUCACGACGAGGCCGAGCUGUUUGACGCGUCACAGCGUCUCAAGUCAGUUCCUGGCAUCAAGAAGUAUGGCCAAGGCUGGACGUCAGCUAGUGGGCCAGCUCCAAACCUCCUCGCCCCUCCAAGGACAAUGGGCAAGCCUUCGUCGAUGGUUUCGCUACGAAAGAAGGCGCGCGCUUUUCUGCCGGAGCGCGACCAUGUGCAUUACAACGACCAUAUUCCGGAGGGUCGCGUCGCUGCGUCCACCCUGCCGCGCCCCGCGCGCCCGCCAACGCGCUCGUCGGUCGCGCGCCCCAACACGCCGGCAGCGGAAUCCGUGUUCAGCAGCGCAGCCAAGUCGGACACUGGGAGCACUUCGCGUGCCAAGAAUAUUUUCAAGCUGUUUUCGCGCAAGAAGUAG